CACACACACACACACACACACUGUAACACUAUGUAACACACUGGCAGUCAUGUGACGCUCAUUUGGUACACGUCGCUGGCGGAGUCUCGCCGCUGCUUCUGGAACAUUCUCAAGGACGAACGCCGAACACAUGCGGCGGAAGGAAGUCCGUCCUGGCUGGACCUUCUCAACGCUCUAAAGGACAUUAAAGACAUGAUCCACAUUUUAUCCAUCAGUCGACUGUCCCACAAAAUCUUAAAGCAACAAUUCUCUCGCUAAAACCACAAAGGUGCACUGAGCCAGCGAUGGUAGAUCGUUCACAGAAGACCCACGGCCAUCAGCUGUCUGACGCGGGCACGGAGUUGGACUACAAGGUGAUGCCGUCGCACUUUUCCGAGGACGACGUGAGCGAGUCCUCCAGUCCUGGUUCUUGCCCCAGCCCCAACUCGCAGGUCCUCAGCUCCAGCUUGGGCAGCGCCUCCAGCAGUGAGACCAGCAUCCUGGACCAGCUGCUGUCCCAGGACAAGGCGCCGUCUUCCGUCCUCUGGGGCGCCACCGCCAAAUGUCCAUCCGUGAAGAAGGAAGGCGUGGACCUGUUUUCUUGGUCCGACUCGGUGACGGACAAACAACAUGGGGUGUCCUUCCAGCCCACACUGGAGGAAAUCGAGGAGUUCCUGGAGGAGAACAUGGAUGCAGUGACCAUGGAGCAAGGAGGCGGUCCACAGAUUGGACAAGAAGACGUUGGACUUAAGUCUUCCUCUGAGACGGCGCAGGAGGUCACAUGUUCAGACCAAAGCGUUGUUAGCGUCAACAAAGCUUCAUCUUCCACCGUAGCUUCCAAGAAGUCGUGCAGAACUUCAUCCGAGGACAACAGCGGGAAGACGGUCCUUCAGAUCCAGCCUCUUCACCUCAAACAGCCCUCCCCCUCUUUGGUCCAGGUCUUGGUCAACAUCCAAGGUCAGACCUUUGCUCUGGUGCCUCAUGCCCUGCCCUCGACCAGCUUCCACGUGGCCUCCAAGUUCGUACGCAUCGCUCCUUUGCCCAUCGCCGCCCAGCCCGUCGGCGGUGCGGACCACGCGGCCGGCGGCCAAGCGGCGGGGAUUCUUGUCGGGGGACAGAAGUUCUUAAAGAACCCGGUAGCAGAACUUAUUAAAAUGCAUAAAUGCACGUUUCCUGGGUGCAACAAAAUGUACACAAAGAGCAGUCACCUGAAGGCUCACCUGAGAAGACACACGGGAGAAAAACCUUUUGCCUGCAACUGGCAGGGAUGUGGAUGGCGAUUUUCCCGCUCAGACGAGUUGUCGCGACAUCGGCGCUCGCACUCGGGGGUCAAGCCUUACCAAUGUCCCGUGUGUGACAAGAAGUUUGCCCGCAGCGACCAUCUAUCAAAACACGUCAAAGUCCACCGUUUUCCACGAAGCGGUCGUGCAGUCCGCUCGGCAAUAUGAAGUCACGGACGUGUGAAGUACACUGUGAAGGACGUGUGAAGUACACUGUGAAGGACGUGUGAAGUACACUACGUACUACUUACACCGCAAGUAUUUCAUCCACUGCUGAUUGUGUACAUUUACCCUUUCCAAGGUAUGAACAAUACAUAUGUUAUUUCAACUGAGGGACAGAAUGUAUAACAAUAACAUGAUAUCAAUCAAAUUACUGUAGUUAGCAUUGGAUUGAGGUAAACAAGUUUUUGAUGCAAAUACAAACAGUGAUUAGUACUUGGUGUAGAAGUAUUAUUAGAAAGUAUAAAGGUUACAUGUCUCUUGUAGUUGUGUAGUUGUAGUACUUAUUAGAGAUGUCCGAUAAUGGCUUUUUUGCCGAUAUCCGAUAUUGUCCAACUCUUAAUUACCGAUUCCGAUAUCAACCGAUAUAUACAGUCGUGGAAUUAACACAAUAUUAUGCCUAAUGUUGUUGUGAUGCCCCGCUGGAUGCAUUAAACAAUGUAACAAGGUUUUCCAAAAUAAAUCAACUCAAGUUAUGGAAAAAAAUGCCAACAUGGCACUGCCAUAUUUAUUAUUGAAGUCACAAAGUGCAUUACUUUUUUUAACAUGCCUCAAAACAGCAGCUUGGAAU